AUGUCUCUGACCAGUCCGAAACGUAGCCCGCAAAGAGGGCCUGUCUUCCCCCGGAGGUCGCGCCGACUGGCUGGACAGACUCCUGAGGUCGACACUUGGACGGCAGCUCGGGCCCGGCAGCGGUCCGUCUCCAUGUCCCGUCGGCAGCAGUCAGUGAAUGGCAUGACGGAACCGUCCGAGACAUUCACUAAUUUGGUAGACGCUGCGAGGGCGAGGGUUGAGAGUUAUGUGAAUGGAGAGAGACCACACGAAGAGUAUCUCCGUCCCUGCCUGAAGGCCUUUCUGGAAUGGUUGCCACCAGGAGGUCAAACCUCUGUGGCCAGAGACAUCGUCAACGCUGGAAAUGAUGACCAAAAGCUGUGGCAGGUGUUUCAGGAUCUUCUCGCCUGUCUUCUUUACCCAAUGAUGGCAGAGAGUCCUAUACCCUCGGAACCCGAAUCGCCCUUCAACUUCAGCGAGCCCAAUCUUGAUGUCUUCGCAGGGACGCUCAUCCAACCAGAGGUCCUGGAUAGCGAUUUCCGUGAUGAGUGUGCGCGCCGAGAUGAUUACCGCUGUUGUGUCACUGGCCUUCUAGAUACCACGAAAUGGAAACAGAAUGGAUAUUUGCCAGAUGAUGAGCCCCACGGCGACGUGGAGUGCGCCGACAUCAUACCCUGCAGUUACACGUCCUGGACGGGAAGCGAGGAAGAGCAGAAUGUUUAUGACAUAAAGAUUUAUGGGGGAGUCUCGUCCAUCCUUACGAUGCUCUUGCAGCCUAAUGAACGCAAGGUCAGUUUUCAAUGCAGUGAAGGCGCGGAAAAUAUCCCCCUGCCAGAUCCAACGUUUCUAGACUGCCACUAUCGGGUGGCCGAGAUCAUUAAUGCCGCGGAUUUGGCAAGGCCCAUCUGGAACAAAAUCCGAGACUGGAGGGACCUGAAAAAGUAUGGUGACACCAGUGGCUGUCUUCGUCGCGACGGAUCUACCGACAUAACCGAUAUUUUGAACACCGCUCUGUGGCCAGCUGUUGCGGAAUGA